AUGAGCAUUUUCGUAUGCAGUUUCUGUCUCGUCCCAUCCCACCGUCGUGAUCAUGAACCUAUCGGAAAUGAAGAGGGCAUUUUUGGAAUUCAGCACCAUAAUCCGCCACGUGGAAGGCAUACACGUGGCAUCUUUACCCUUCUCUCGUUGUUUGCUUUUAAAUACCCAUGCCUUCUGAUCCGCUCCUUAUCCUGUCCUUGCUCACCGCUCCACUCGCAAUCAAUCAAUACUCUCUCCACUUUCCCUUCGUCGUGGCCGGUGUCACUCUCAUCGAAAAAAUUCGAACCACUUGCCGGAGAUUAUGGAUGCUCCGGCUGUUGA